CGCCAGCACCGUUGCUAAGUGAUCCCGUAAUAUAAAACAGCGUCCGUGCGUUUGUGCCUGAAAAAACAUCCCCAGCCACUCAUCUCAGUGAACGAGGACUGCUUCAAGAGACUCAAACAUGCGUGAAUGCAUCUCUGUCCAUGUUGGUCAAGCUGGAUCCCAAAUAGGCAAUGCAUGCUGGGAGCUGUACUGCCUGGAGCAUGGCAUCCAGCCGGACGGCCAGAUGCCCAGUGACAAGACCAUUGGUGGCGGAGACGACUCCUUCAACACUUUCUUCAGUGAAACUGGAGCUGGCAAACAUGUUCCCAGAGCCGUCUUUGUGGACUUGGAGCCAACAGUCAUUGACGAGGUCCGUACAGGAACCUACCGCCAACUCUUCCAUCCUGAGCAGCUGAUCACAGGAAAGGAAGACGCAGCAAACAACUAUGCCCGUGGUCACUACACUAUUGGUAAAGAGAUCAUUGACCUGGUUCUUGACAGGAUCCGAAAACUGGCUGACCAAUGCACUGGUCUCCAAGGUUUCCUUAUCUUCCACUCCUUUGGAGGAGGAACUGGUUCUGGUUUCACCUCUCUGCUGAUGGAGCGCCUCUCUGUUGAUUAUGGAAAGAAGUCCAAGCUAGAGUUUGCAAUUUAUCCAGCCCCCCAGGUCUCCACAGCUGUGGUAGAGCCCUACAACUCCAUCCUGACCACCCACACCACCCUUGAGCACUCAGACUGUGCCUUCAUGGUAGAUAAUGAGGCCAUCUAUGACAUCUGCCGCAGAAACCUGGACAUUGAGCGUCCCACCUACACCAAUCUCAACAGGCUGAUUGGACAGAUAGUCUCAUCCAUCACUGCCUCGCUGCGUUUUGAUGGUGCGCUGAAUGUGGAUCUGACUGAGUUCCAGACCAACCUGGUGCCCUACCCCCGUAUCCACUUCCCUCUGGCCACCUACGCCCCAGUCAUUUCUGCAGAGAAAGCCUAUCAUGAGCAGCUAUCAGUAGCAGAGAUCACCAAUGCCUGCUUUGAGCCAGCCAAUCAAAUGGUGAAGUGUGACCCUCGCCACGGUAAAUAUAUGGCCUGCUGCCUGUUAUUCCGUGGUGAUGUGGUUCCCAAAGACGUCAACUCCGCUAUUGCCACCAUCAAGACCAAACGCACCAUCCAGUUUGUGGACUGGUGUCCAACAGGUUUCAAAGUGGGCAUCAACUACCAGCCUCCUACAGUGGUACCUGGAGGAGACCUGGCCAAGGUGCAGAGGGCUGUGUGCAUGCUGAGUAACACCACUGCCAUUGCUGAAGCCUGGGCCCGACUUGACCACAAGUUUGACCUGAUGUAUGCCAAGAGGGCCUUUGUCCACUGGUAUGUGGGUGAGGGUAUGGAGGAGGGAGAGUUCUCAGAGGCCAGAGAGGACAUGGCAGCUCUGGAGAAGGAUUAUGAAGAGGUUGGCACUGAUAGUGUUGGGGAUGAAGGAGAGGAAGAAGGGGAGGAAUAUUAGGUUCAAAGAAUCAAACACAAAUCAAAUCAAAUCAAACUUUAUCAAAAACACUUGUUUUGUGAGAAAAAUAUUUUUUUAAUUGUGCAACAUAUUAUAUGCACCCACCCAAGGCGAAGCUCUGUUUUUUGGAAACCAAUAUUUACAGUGCAUUCUGUUAUUUAUUAAUAGACAUGUUGGCAAUUACAAUGUAAAUUAUUACUACUAAAUGUAGUAGCUAUUGGAAUGUUAAAACUGCGGCAUACUAAGGCCUGAUAAUCAUCACCCAUGUCAUUCACCAUUUAAGGUGGUGUAUAUUCUUGCAUUUGUAAGCGAUUUUCAAGUGAUAAUGAGCUGAUCUUGAGCAUCAGCUAUGAAAUGUACAUGUUUUGGUAAAAACUUUGUCCCUCGUGAAAGGGAAAUUUUACGCUGCAUUAUAUUACAAGAGAAUUGAUCUGGUUUGAUCUGACUAAUUGUGUUUUGAAAAAUAUAUUCUUUGCUAGCAUGGAACAUAAGAGCUGUUAAAAGUUGUUAUGGAACAUAAGAGCAAUUAAAGAAUGUGCAUUGUCUUUACAUUAUUAAGUC